AUGGCAGCUCCUCCAGCGCGUCCUCGGCAGCACCUCUCCGGCCUCGGUCCUCGGGCAGCGUUCCUUUCCGGCAACGUCUCGGCAGCGCUCCUCCCAGCUUCGUCUCCAGCAGCGUUCCUCCAGCCAUUCCGUCUCGGCAGGGCAAGUUCCUUCCGGCGCGUUCUCCGGCAGGCAGCCUCCUCCGGCUCGGUCCCUCGGCAGGCAGCUCCUCCAGGCGACGUCCUCGCAGGCAGUUCCUCAGGCACUCCUCCGGCAAGUAAAGGUACUCCUCCGACGCGUCUUCGGCAGACACUCCCACGGCAACGUCCUCGCCAGGGCAAGCCUCCUCCCAGCUCGUUUCGGCAGGCAGUUCUACGGCGCGUCCUCGGCAAGGCAGCUCCUCCGGCAACGUCCUCGCCAAGGCAGCUCCUUUCGCACGUCUCUGGCAGGCAAGUCGUCACAGCGUCCGAACAGAUACUCGGCAUCAGGCAAGUUCCUCCGCACGAGUCCUCGGCCAUAGACGUAGCUCCUCCAGCUACGUCCUCGGCAUCCAUGCAGCUCCUCCAGCUCGACCUAGGCAGGGCAGUUUUCCACUCCGGACGUCUCGGCGAGGCAGCCUUCCCUUCACCAAGCUACGGGGUGACCAUUUGGCCCAAGCAGAUCUCCCGGGCACGUCAUCAGGCAGGCAUCUUCUCCGGCAUACGUCCCCCUACGCAAGGACAGCUCCUCCGGCGCAUCCCUCUGGCAGGCAGCUCUCCGGCACGUCCGUUCAGGUACCAGCAACUCCAACCGGCUCGUCUGCCGCAGGCAGCUCCUCCGGCAGCACAUCACUCGGGUCAUGGCAGACUUCGCUCGGCACGUCCUCGGCCCAGCCAGCUCCCUCACGGCUCGGUCCUCGGAGGCAGGUUCCAUCCCCGCGCUCUCGGAGGCAGUUCCUCACGGCACCGUCCUCAAGCAGGCAGCUUCCUCCAGGCGGUCCAGUCUGGCAGGCAGCUCCUCCGGUCUCGUCCUCGGGCAGGCAAGAAUUCCUCCGGCACGUCGCCCAUCGCAAGGCUUCCCUCCACUCGUCCUCAGCAGGCAGUUUUCCUCACCGGCCUCAUCGUUCUCGGCAGGCAGCUCCUCUCGGCUCGUCAACUCAGACAGCAGCUCCCUCCCGGCCUCGUCCCUCGAUGGCAGGCUAGUUCCUCAGGCACUCCCUCGUCGGGCAAUAGGAGCUCCUACACGGCGCAAUCCUCAGGCAGGCAGCUCCUCCGCACGUCUCGGCAGGCACUCUCCGGCUCAGUCUCGGCAGGCCACUCCUCCGGCGCAUUCUCGGGCAGGCAGCUCCUCCGUGCACGUCCCUCCGGCAGGCCAAGCUCCCUCCGGCUGUCCUCCAGGCAGGCAGUCCUCCGGCACGUACUACGCAGGGCAGUUCUUCCGGCCCGUCCCGGCUGUUGUCAAGCUCUCCAAGCGCGUCCUCGCAGGCAGCUCCUCCCGGCUCGUCCUCGGCAGCCAGUUUCCUCCGCACAAGUCCUCGGCAGAGACUGCUCUCCACUCGUCCUCCAGCAGGCAGUUCCUCCGGCACGUUCUCGCAGGACAGCCUCCCGGCUGUCGGUCUCGGGCAGGCAGCUCCUCCGGCACGUCCUCGGCAGGCUAAGUUCUUGGUCCGCGUCCAUGGGUAUCCUCCCAUCGACAGUAAGCUCCUCCGACGCGUUCCUCGGCAGGGCAGCUGGUCUCCGCCCAACGUUCCCUCGGCAUGGGGGGGCAAGCUCUCCUUCCGCACGUCCUCGGCAGGCCAACCUCCUCCGACACGUCUCGGGCCAUGGCACUCCUCCAGCUCGAAUGGGCACAACAUGGACUUAUCCGGUGUCACCAUCGGCGAGGCCUAGUUCCUCCUCGGCACGUCGUCGCAAGGCAAGCUCCUCCGGCACGUCCUCGCAGCCAGCUCCUCCGGCACGUCCUCCGGGCAGCAGUCGCUCCGGCACGUCCUCGGCAGCAGCUCGGCACGUCGUCGGCAGGCAGCUCCGGCUCGUUUCGGCAGCAGUUCUCCGGCACGUCCUCGCAGGCAGCUCCUCCAGCUCGAAAUGA